CUCAGCUAUCUCUCGUUUUCUUCCCGCGGCGUCGUCGUCUCGACCUCGGCGUCUUCUCCAAAUCCCUCUCUUGGCGUUUGGAAUCCCUCUCUUGUUCCUAAUGGAAUAGAAUUCUCGAUCUCCUCUCCCACUCUUCUUUGCCGUCUCUCCUUUUGCCUCUGUCUGAGAGCCGCCAAAGGUGGUUACUUGGAGAGGUGUUUACGAAAGCGAGCGAUUGGAGGGGCCCUAGGAUUAGGAUUGUUUGUUGGUUUUCUUCGAUCGUUUUUACUGGUUCUUGAGUUCAACCGGGGAAAAAAAGGUAUCUUUAGGGUUUUUGAUCUUGUUUACGUUUUAUUGGGAUUGGGAUAAGAAGAGGGGUAUAGAUGGUGUCGGAAGUGAAGCAGGAGGACGAGAAGGGUGAGGGGAUUCAGGAAGCUGCUCCGACUUCGGAUAUUCGUUCGGAAACAAAGCCUAUGACUAUUCCUGGAAGAACAAGUGGUCCAACCAGAAGAUCAACAAAGGGAGGAUGGACAGAUGAGGAGGAUGAUAUGCUGAUCAAAGCUGUAAGACAAUUCAAUGGGAAAAACUGGAAGAAAAUAGCUGAACUAUUUCCAGAUCGAACAGAUGUUCAGUGUCUCCACCGCUGGCAAAAGGUUCUCAACCCUGAGCUAGUUAAAGGAACCUGGACCAAGGAGGAAGAUAACCUUAUUAUUCAACUAGUUGAAAAGCAUGGAUGCAAGAAAUGGUCGGUCAUUGCAAAGUCCUUGCCAGGUCGUAUAGGCAAGCAAUGUAGGGAGAGGUGGCACAACCACUUGAACCCCGCAAUAAAAAAGGGUGCAUGGACAAGAGAGGAAGUGGAGGUUCUAGUUCGUGCCCAUCGAAUAUAUGGAAAUAAAUGGGCAGAAAUAGCCAAGUAUUUACCUGGAAGGACGGAUAACUCCAUAAAGAAUCACUGGAACUGUUCUCUCAAGAAGAGAUUGGAUUCAUAUCUAGCAUCAGGGUUCACGGAACAGCCUCUUGGGGCUGCUGCCCUUGAUUUGAACAAUCAUGCACAAAAUGCAGAAUGUCCCGAAGCUGAUCCUCUGAAGAGAUUUGCUAAUGGUUUUAUAUCACAUGAUUGGAAACUAAAUGCAGAUAGGCUUAUUGCUUCCAAUGUGGGUUCAGGUUAUCGAAAUACCAGCCCAAAAAAUCAGUGUUUGGAGUUGCAGUCGACUUCUAGAGGAGAUUCCAAAUGUUUAAGAUCUGGGAGCAUACCUAUACUGCCAGAAGAUUCCAAACAUUCAAGCAUAGAGUUGGAACCAAAUACAGAAGAUGAUUCUAAGCACACGACAUCUGGGGAAACUGAUUCCAAAUCUUCAAAAAGAUCACAGUGGAACUUGUCAAGUUCUGGUGAGUUGGCACUUGGUGAUAUGAACAAGAAAAAUAAAGAUACCAGUAUUUCAAGUUUGCCAGCAUGCGAACUAACUGGCAGUGACAGGACUGCUGAUAUUAACAGAAUUCUUACUACACCUCUACAUUGUGAGGAUGGAAAUCUUGGUUCCUCGUGUUAUGCACCUUUGCAGUUGAUGAAUGUAGAUGGUUGCUUUUCAAGUGAAAAGUUGUCUAUAUCUAAUAAUCAUAUUCAACCUACACUGAGCCCCAUUCAUUGUUCUACACCAGACCUUUCUUUAAGUCUUGCUUGUAUACCAAGCAGCCCAGAGUCUAUUUUAAGAAGUGCAGCAAAGGGUUUUAAAAAAACUCCUUCUAUUAUGAGAAAAAGAGGACGCAAUAGUUCUAAGCCAUUGCUUCUAGAACAAUUGGAGUUGGAAACUGUUGAUAGAAAAUGUCCUUCUGGCAUUAGCAAUUUUCAGUGGAGGGCUGAAAAUUUUAAGGAUGAUUUGGAGUCCGAAUAUGCGCAUCAGAUAGGAAGCAACAACCAAGUGAAUUUCAACAGAUCUGUUUGUCUGAAUGGUGACCAGCUUUGCUCCUCUCAUAAUUUUUUGAAACAUGAAGAUUCUGCUGCCACGAAGUCUGUAGAAAAAAGGCUAGAAGGAGAGUUCAACACAGAGUAUGGUCUGUCAUUGUGAAUUACGUUUUUUUUACACAAGGUUCAGCUGCAACAGCAACUGACAGAGAAUACAUGCUUUCUCACAGACGGAAGACAAUACUGAAGAAGGUACUCUUCUCGUGUGCCAAAAGUUGUCUCAUGACUCCAAUUAAUUGGGAAGCACUUUGCGAUCUCUCUUGGCAUCCACCACCUGAAAGGCCUGUGCCCAUUGCAUUUUUUAUCUUCAGAUUUAUUCCUACGCAUUAUGACAUUAGUCCCUUACAAUGGUUAAUGUUUUUUGAAUCAACAAAAUAGGUAAUGUUUUGGGACAAAAAAGUCUCAAUGUUAUGUUGGUUUAUAUGUAUUGGUUAUCAAAUCCCAAAUUUUCUUUUUCUUUUUGUUACCAUUUAGACAUUUAGCCCACCAACAUUUUGGAGUAAAUUAGUAGAAAUAAUUCAGUUUGUUCAAA